GAAUUACCGAGAACACUACACACGGGAAAAGGAGUUGGAAAUAUUUUGAUCAACAUUUGUAUCGACGCCUCUUCAUUCUUAAUCAUCCAGUGUGUGGAAUAAGAUUGUUUUAUCUGCGGAUUAUUUUGUGAUUCGCUGUGAUCUUUGAGAAUCGUUGAACGAAACAAUGAGACGGCAAGUACUAUUGUUUAUCUCGAUGCUCUCUCUCCGUUCUGUGCUUGGGCAGGUCAGCUAUUCUAUUCCAGAGGAAAUGUCAAAAGGCUCGUUGAUCGGUAACAUAGCUCAAGAUUUAGGUUUAGAUGUGAAACGGCUGAAAACAGGAAGAGCUCGUCUGCAUGUUGGAAACAGCGCUGAAUACAUCGAGUUGAAUAAAGAAAAGGGAGUCCUCCUUAUCAAAGAGAGAAUAGACAGAGAGGCGUUGUGCGAACAAACGACUCCGUGCGCUGUACAUUUCCAAAUGAUUUUGGAAAACCCCAUUGAGUUCUUUCGCGUUACGGUAGAAAUAACAGAUAUAAACGACAAUGCCCCUAUUUUCAAAAUGAAUAAUAUGUUAUUUGAGAUCAGCGAAUCUGCUGUCAGGGGGGCCAGAUUUGAAUUAGAGAGAGCAUUAGAUUCUGAUGUUGGUAUAAAUGGUCUCAAGAGCUAUUCCCUUUACCCAACUGAUAAUUUCAUUUUAAAACUCAACGAAAACGCAGCUGCAGAAAAAGAGGUGGAGAUGAUCUUGGAGAAACCUCUCGAUCGUGAGAAACAACAACAACUGACUCUUACAUUAACAGCCGUCGACGGAGGGGAACCUCAGCUGUCAGGGACCGUGCAAAUUCACGUAACUGUGUUAGAUGCGAAUGAUAAUGCCCCAGUGUUUACGCAGUCAACAUAUAAAGCUAGUUUAAUGGAAAACUCCCAGAAGGGAACUUCACUCAUGACUGUAACAGCCACAGAUAUAGAUCAAGGCACAAAUGGUUUAGUAACUUACUCUAUUUCGAGUAACGCUGAGGGAAUUUUGGAUUUAUUUGAAAUACACGGAACAAGUGGGGAGGUACGUUUGAUUGGCAAAAUCGAUUAUGAAACAUCAAAACAUUAUCAGUUAAAUGUUAAAGCAAGAGAUCAAGGUGGGCUCACUGACUCAUGCAAAAUAAUAUUUGACAUUCUUGAUGUGAAUGACAAUGCUCCAAUAAUAGACCUGAUGUCAACUACACAAUCUAUACCGGAGGAUUCAACAUUUCAAACAGUUGUUGCUGUUAUGAAUGUGCAUGAUGCUGACUCGGAUAUUAACGGAGUGGUUAGAUGUUUUUUGAGUGAUAGUCUACCUUUUAUAAUUGAAAAUACAUCAAAUGGUUUCUAUAGCAUUCUAACAAACAUUGAUUUAGACAGAGAGAGAGCCUCUCAAUAUAAUAUCACAGUGACCUACUUCAAAAUAACUGACACAGACAAUAUUCAAACUCGCCCCCGCAUUGUUUCCACCAGCGUCUCCUCGAAGGCGAGCUGA